CUCGCACAACACUGGAGAGCAGGCACAGCCCGCACACAUCUGCUUGCGCGCGCAUAUCAAUUUGCCAACUCUCCAAGCACUCCCCAACAAUGGCUCCGCCGACGCGUCGCCGCACACGCGCGACCGCGAACUCAUCUCCGCUUGUGGAGCUCAAGUCUGAGCCCAAGCGCAGAGUCACAAAGGCGAAGGCCAAACGGCCUGCGCGAGCGGCUGAGCCCAAGCGCCAGCCAGAGCCAGAACCAGAACCAGAGCCAGAGCAGGAGCUCACCAAUCUCCCCCAGGUGGAAGCCGCUCCUGCCGAAGCAUCUCCAGCGAAAGCGGCCCCCAUAGUCGAAGAAGACCGCACUGAAGCUCUCGAGCUCCUGCGCCUGGCAGAUAUGAAGCGCGAACAGAACAUGGCGCUCAGCAGGAUCGACGUACGACCUGUCGAGCUUUCACCUCCAACAGUCUCGCCCGUGCACGCAGCGCCCCCACCACCCUCCACACCGCGCGCCAACGAAACAAGUCCACCCCCAGUUACCCCACAGACGUCUACAAGCUUCUUGGGCAGCAUGUGGUCAACACUCAAGUCAUCUGUCUGGUCUACACCAAAGCCGAAGUCUGCGCGCCCUUCGAGCAAAGCGAACACUCCUGUCGCCGCCACCCCAAGCACUCCGAUCGCGCCUCCCGUCAUAGGCGAACUCACCAUGACCCUCACACCAACACCCACGCCCAUUGGCGACAACCGUGGAAAUACAAAAGUCAAGCGCCUAUCGGGCAGGCGUGAGCGCGCAGCCAUCAUCAAGAACGUUGCAUCAAGCGUGCCAGACGCAGCCGAGGAAGAGCUGGCUACGAAGUGGGCCGAAAAGGUCCUAAUGCAGCUGCUCCAAGAAUCCUCUACUUCUGCAGGCGACAAGCGCAAGCGACUCGAAGACGGCAUGACGUACGGCGACCUCAAUCACUUCAACUCCAAGCCAUGGAAGCCCGCAGCUAGCAGCUUCGGGCUUGACGAUGAUCUUAUGGACCACGUCGACAACACUCCGGAUGAGCCCGCGCCGAUGUGGGCAAUCCUCGAGCAUUUGCGCAUUGAGCAACAAUGGAAAGGCAAGCAGGCCGAGCAGGAAUACGAAGCUAGCCCACCUUCUGCCAAGAAGCGCAAGAUCUCCACAGGUGCGCGUGAGCUUGUCGCGUCACCCAAGCAGCCUGUCCUACCUCUCGACCAUGCACGCAGCCCGUUCUACAACAGCGGUGGAAGGUCCACAUCUCUUCGCGAUCUGCGUCCUCGUUCCUGCCUGGACCGCGGAGCUACCUCCCCGGACAACAACAUCUUCAAGCAGUCUCAACAAACUGCUGCACAGGACGAAUCUGUACCGUUUCCGACCUCAUUCAGUGUUCCAGACGACACAGAUUCGGAUGAGGAUCUCGAUGAGGAGCCCCUCACCAAUGGAACGCCCGGCGCUUCUACAACGUGGACCCAGCCACCGCCGCCUGCUCCUGUCAUGCCACAUGCUGAACUUCCAGGCUCCGUCGGUCCGACGCCACCCAUCCCCUCUGUCGAGGGUAACCUUGUCACCAGCCCUACCGUCGCUCGGGUCGAAGCUCAGCGUGCGAAGGCACUGAAGUUUACUCCGGCCAAACCGAGCAAUCUGUCGCAUAUGAGCAAGCCUUCUCCUAGUCUCCGCUCCGACGCCGGCAACGAGUCCAUCCUUGCAGACUCUCCUGUUCCCAUGCCUAAAACCAAGGGCUCUGGUACUGCUACGCCCAACAUCUUCCAAAGCGCGGGCAUGGCCAACGGGGCUUCUCUUUUCCAGAACAAGACCCUCAGCAAUGGCGCUACUCCGGCACAGGACAAGACCUCUAGCAAGAGUGCUACCCCUGCUCAGGACACGAGCUCCAGCAACGGAACGUCGAUUUUCCAGAGCAAGAGCUUGAGUAAUGGAACCUCAAUCUUCCAGGACAAGAGUUUGAGCAACGGGACUUCGAUCUUCCAGAACAAGGACUCAAGCAAUGGCGCAUCUCCCUUCAAGAGCACGGACAUUCCCAACGGCGACUCUCCCUUCCAGACCAAGAGCCUCAGCAAUGGUACAUUCGCAGUCAAGAGCGCAAGCACCAACCUUGCUUUACCUGACUACGAUCUCACACCACCUGACGCUGAGCCGCUCGACCUGCCUUCCGAUGUGGAAGCAGACCUGGAGAAUUUUGUGCCAUCCGCCGAGUUCCAAGCCCAGCUUGAUGCUAUCAAGAACUGGGAAGACCCCAUUCUCGUCUACGAAGAUGAGCUAUAAAUGUUUAAGCCUGUUUCCUAUCAUGUCACGGCGUUCGAAUGCAUACUGGCCUUGAAGAUACCCUUUCUUUUCCUUUCUUUUUUAAGGACGCAUCACAUGGCGUCAAACCUCUUCUGUCGGCAUUUUCGGUGUUCUUAUU